AAAAAAUCGUCGUCUUUUCAUCCCCGUUGUACCACACAACCAUCACUCCUUGCUGAUUCUCGAAAACAUCACGAGGAAUUUGAUUUUUCUAUUUUUUCCUACUCUCCUGAGAAUCACAACUCUGUAAUGCCGCACGGUGAGGAAAACCACAAUUCCUUAUACAAAAAUCGACCCCCGUCCGGACAUGAAAACCGCAACAGAAUCCGUUCGGAAAGGGGCCAAUCCGAUGGACGCAGACGAAAAACCCCGUCCCACGAGUUGUCGAAUCGGCAGCCCGGGAGUGGCGGUCCACCGAAGGUGUCGAGCGCAUUGUGGUCUGCCGGCAGUUUCGCUCGCAUUCUUGUGGUCAAUCGUCUCGCUUUUGGCGAUUUCGGUGGGUGUCGCCGCUCUUUCGGGGCAUGCGAACACGGACGCCGGUAGAACCCACCGCGGAUUCGACGGCCUCUCCGUAGCCGAGGCCCGCGAGAGGUUCGACGCCUGGAAGACGGCCAACCGCAACACCAACACGGUCCGGGAAGUCGUUGUGACGCGGGGCGACCUCGAGGGCAGAGACGACCGGGGCACCCGCAUCAGCCACUUCGCGCCGGGGAUCUUUCCGGAAAGCCUGCCGACCUCCAACGCCGCCAACCUGGCCUGCCGUUCCGGAACGCUGACGAUCAACGGGGCCAGGGUGUCCGGGGGCCGCCUCGUCGUUUCCGGGGACGUCGUGGGGUACCUCAACGACAAGUCGGACCGCAGAACUACCGUCCCGGGCGAUCCCAAGCGGGCGGAACGCUUCUGUGCGUCCCGGCUGAGGCUCCUGCAAACCCUCGGGGACGGCGGGAUGUCUCACUCGCCGCUCCGCGUGCUCUACGAGGACGACGCAAUGGCCAUUGUUUGCAAGCCGGCCGGGAUCCACACCAUGUCGUGGUCCGGGAGCCUUGGCAAGUCCCUCUGCUUGGACGAGAUUUUGCCCCUGGUGCUCACUCCGCCGUCAACGGGCGGGAACGGCUUGGACGACGACGAGCCCCUCCCCGCACCCCUGCCCCGGCACCGGCUGGACCAGCGAGUGGCCGGACCCGUGGUGGUGGCCAAGACCCGCAGGGCUUGUGUUGAGAUCGGUCGGUCCUUCGAGGAAAAGACGGUCACCAAGGAAUACCGGGCGAUUGUCGUGGGAACCGUCGAUAUCGGGACCCUGGCGGAAAGAAACGAGGAUCCGAAACAACAAAUCAUCUUCUCGGGCGAAGGCAAUCCAGCAUCCUCGCCCUUUUCGUUCACGAUCCGCUCCGACGUGGACGGCAAGCCAUCGGAAACGGACGUGCUAGUGCUGGGCUCGACCCCCUGCAACGUGAACGGGGUCCUGACCGACCUCAAGCUCUUUCCCAAAACGGGCCGCAAGCACCAGCUCCGGAUCCACUGCGCGAAGGUCCUCGGGACGCCCAUCCUCGGCGACGAUCUGUACUGGGGGGAACAGGAGGGCAGCGUGCGGAGACGGCAGGGGCUGUUUCUGUACUGUAGGAAGGUGAGCCUCGGCCACCCUUUGGACAACGGCAGGACCGUGUCGGGGGAAACAACAGAGCCGCUGCGGUUUGACCGAACGAGGGUCAAGGCCCUCAAGGGAUUCGAGUGGAGCAAGGCCCGGGAGGAGGAAGCUGCCGUGGACUCAGAAACCACCGACAAGUACUAGGACUAGAUAAAAUGCGGCUUCGAAAGCUUGGAACGAUUGCAGAGGACCAUCAAACUUGUGAUUGCCCCAAAAAUACAAAAUCAUUUUUUUU